UGCUUGCUAAUCACACAGUAGAUGGGCUACUUUUAUUUUGAAGGUUUUAUAAUAGAUCAGACCACGUGGCUUCCGUUUAUGAUCUAUAACGAAAAACGAAUUGACUGAAGUUCACAGACCCUCUUUAUUAUUUAUUUAAAAACGAAUAACGAUAAAAUGAACCGUAAAAAAAACGGAAAAUUCGUUUUUUGAUUCUGACACCAAAAACGGUUAUUUUGUUUUUCGUUUUGAAACAAAAAACAGAUAAAAGGUAUUUUAGUUUUUGAAUUACAAACGAAUUACGGAUUAUCCACAGAUACCCGGACCGUACAUGGACCCGGUCGCCACGCAGGUCAGGGGUAUUUUAUAUAGUCACGGUCAGCAAAAAUGAGUUUUCUGAUGCGACUUUGUAGUUUGGUCGUCAGUGCGUUAUGUUUGCCCCUUCAUCUGAUGGAAGCGGUAGGCCUGUAUCAAAUAUACAAACGUUUCUUACCAUUUUGUGUAUACCGCACUUCUGUAAUGUACAACAAAAAAAUGCACGACAGGAAAAAGGAGCUGUUUCGCAGCCUCACGGAGUUCAACAAGCCUGGCAGCGGGCGGCUGACAAUUUUGGAGAUUGGCUGCGGCACCGGCACAAAUUUUCAGUUUUAUCCGCCUGGCAGCAAGGUGAUCUGCACUGACCCGAACCCCCACUUUCAGAAAUAUCUGAAGAAGAGCAUGGGCGAGAAUGACCACCUCAAGUACGACAGAUUUGUGGGGGCGUCGGGGGAGGACAUGGGGUCAGUGCCGGACGAGUCGGUAGACGCUGUUGUCUGCACCCUGGUGCUCUGCUCUGUCAACAACAUACCGCAAACUCUGCGAGAGGCCCACCGCAUACUCAGACCAGGAGGAGCCUUCUUCUUCAUCGAGCAUGUUAUGGCUGACCCCUCCACCUGGGCCUACUUCUUCCAGCAUGUUCUCCAGCCUGCGUGGUACUACUUGGGCGAUGGGUGCAUGCUCACCCGGGAAACGUGGAAGCAUCUGGAGGCGGCUGGAUUCUCUGAACUCAAACUGAGACAUGUUGAAGCGCCGCUCAUCUUCUUGAUCAAACCACACAUCAUAGGCUACGCUGUGAAAUGAAAUUCUGUAUGGUUAGCUUCGUAGCAGCGGGCUUGCCUCAUGACUAUAGGGUGUGAAUAUGCCAAGUACUAAAUGCCUGUCCUCUCCCAUGUGACAUGAUCGAUCACCAGUGACUUUGAUACUAAUUUUAUUUUUGUAUUGAAAACUAAUCCUAAUUUAGAAUUUUUCACUUAAGUAAAAAAAAAAAAAAAAAAAAUCUCCAAGUAGCUUGUUGAUACAUCAAUCAAUAUAAUGCUACCAUAGGAAAUUUCAGUGUUUAUCUGCUUGGUACUUUUGGAUUUUUUGGGUACCUUUUAUGCCAUGAUAGUUGUGUCACAAAGUACUUAUUUUUGCUGUGAUUAAGCUGAUUGUGUUUGUGAUUAAAGAGUUUAAUCCUGUUGCA